UAUGCAUAAUGCUGUUAUAUUGUUCUAAAAUUACUUCCCAAGUUGUCUCAGGCUUUAUGUGGAUACAGUUGUCCACACGUUGGCGCCAAGGGUCCCACUCCGAUUGCUGCUCCCUUGGGUUUCCCAGUCCAUGUUGGUAAAGUCGCUCCUCCCAAAGAGCUAAGCAAAUCUUAGUUAUUUGUUAGGACAGCUUGCUAGAACAUAAGUAAUGAUUACUAGUCUAUUCCUAGCCUUUUCUUUCCAUAAGUCCUUGAUGCUAUGUAUAAACAAGGUCUCCUACACAUCAAGAAAUGAAUUUUACUCUUUUCAAAGGAAAAGCCGUCUCUUAAUUCUACCCACAAAGUAAAUCUGUGCACCUUUUGUCCUUCAUAGUUGUGACGUGUGUAUUGGACAUCCAGCACCACCAUCCCGUCUUAGAUCUUAGCAUAAAGUGUCCAGGCUAAAAGCCAAAGGUUUACUGAUUUCUCUCAUCAUAACCUUGGUUUUUUGUUUGUUUUGGUCUUUUGAGACAGAGCUUCACUUUAUAGGCUAGGCUGGUCUGGCACCCACUCUGUAAACCAGGCUGGCCUUGAACUCAUAAAAUAGGUACCUCUGCCUCCCUAGUCCUGGAAUUAAAGGCGUGUGCUACCACCACGAGGAAUAACCUUGGGUUUUAAAAAACAUAAAACAGAUAUGGGUUUUUUGUUUUUGUUUUUCGUUUUGUAUUUUUCGAGACGGGGUCAUGAAGCUCUGGCAGACUUAGAAAUCUCUCAGUAGACCAGACUGACCCCAAACUCAGAAGAUACCCAUCUACCUCUGCCUCCCGAGUGCUGGGAUUAAAGGCGUGCGCCAACGGAGGUGGAGAUGUAGAUCUUAGAGUUUCCUAAACGUCUAUAAAAGAAUUUUAAGCCACUAGUUUUAUGAUCUGUGCAUUUGCUCUGCUCCAUUCCCUAGCCACAGAAAGCAGAUCUUGUGGCUGCCAAAUUCAGCAUCAGAGGAGGGCAGGGGCAGAGGCAGCUAUGCUCACAGACUUUCUGAAGUGCCUGCGGGUGGUGCUGCGCCCCUUCUGCACCUAAGCCUGUCACAGCAAACAGCAAGGUCCAGGAGGACCGAAAGCAAACGUAAACGUUUACUUUCUUCGGCGCAAGCGCCCUCGGGCAAGUCCCAUUGGUGGUUGUGGGCCUGCGCUUUGGUGCAUCCCUGCCCCUUCUUGAGCCUUCUCAAAUUCUAUUUAGUGUGUUGUCCUCAGUUUCUCACCAUUCCCAGACGCUUGGGAGCUUGGGAGGGCGUGGAAGAGGACUUUCUCUGCAGCCCCUUUAACCCCCCGAACUACAACCUAGUCCUUUAACAACACCCAACAAUAGCACCGAUCUUAGAACCACUUUGAUCCGGUUCUCUGAUGCUACCAGAGAAAGCGAGAGGAGGGUGGUUCAAACCUUGCUGUUGAUUCUGUGCUGACCCGAAAGACAAGCUCAUGUUACAAUCAAAACAUGCGCCUUCGAAUGGCAAGUUUCUUCUGCGAGGCUGGUCGCCUGCGCAAACUGUAGAGCCUAGCUAUGGCGACUGAACAUUCCCCAGCAGAGGGAGCACAGCAGUCGGCCCUUUGCUCUUCCACCCAGCAGGCAGGAGAACCGCAGAAACCCAACUAUGCUGUCAGACUUACUCUUGAGGGGUGCUCGGCGGCCAUAUCAUCAGUUAAGUUUAGUCCUAACGGAGAAUGGCUAGCAAGUUCUGCCGCUGAUACGCUAAUUAUAAUUUGGGGGGCAUAUGAUGGGAAAUGUAAGAAAACACUCUGUGGUCAUAAUCUGGAAAUAUCAGAUGUUGCCUGGUCUUCGGAUUCUGGCCGUCUCGUUUCUGCCUCAGACGACAAGACUCUAAAAUUAUGGGAUGUGAGAUCUGGAAGAUGCUUGAGAACACUGAAAGGGCACAAUGAUUUCGUCUUCUGCUGUAAUUUCAACCCACCAUCCAACCUCGUCGUUUCGGGGUCCUUCGAUGAGAGUGUGAAAAUAUGGGAGGUGGAAACAGGAAAGUGCCUCAAGACCUUGUCUGCUCGUUCGGAUCCCAUCUCUGCCAUACAUUUUAAUUGCACUGGGUCCUUGAUAGUGUCUGGGAGCUAUAAUGGUCUUUGUAGAAUCUGGGAUGCUGCCUCGGGACAGUGUUUAAAAACACUCGCUGAUGACGGCAACCCUCCUGUGUCUUUUGUAAAAUUUUCUCCAAAUGGCAAAUAUAUUCUCACUGCAACUUUGGACAAUACUCUUAAACUGUGGGAUUACAGCAGAGGCAGAUGCCUGAAGACAUACACCGGCCAUAAGAAUGAGAAAUACUGCAUAUUUGCCAGUUUCUCUGUGACUGGUGGAAAGUGGGUUGUGUCUGGCUCCGAGAACAACAUGGUUUACAUCUGGAACCUUCAGACUAAAGAGACACAGAAGUUACAAGGUCACUCAGAUGUUGUGAUCUCGGCAGCUUGUCACCCUACAGAAAACAUCAUUGCAUCAGCGGCGUUGGAAAAUGACAAAACCAUCAAAGUGUGGACGAGUGACUUCUGAAGUCGCUGGCAACCAACCGGUGUGUGAACUACGUCAGAAACAAUCAAAAGGGUGACUUCUAAAGUUUGGCGUGGUUUUGUAGCUCCUGUCGAAUUGUCUUUGAUGUUAUGAGUUUGAGACAUUUUAAUUUGCAAAAUGAGACCAGUGUAAAAGCCAGUCUAGGACCUGCGGCUUCUGAUCUUAAUUUUGAGGCCUGUUGUCAAUCUCAUGUCUUCGUCCCUGGACAGCAUCUCAUUCUUUUCCUUUCAGCAGCUUUCUCAGAGGGGAGGGUAUUGGAGUAUUCAGAAGGUUGACAGAACAGGAUGGCUGAGGGGAGGGGGACUUACAGUUUCUGUUUGGGAGGCCACCAAGGACAAUAGCAUGCAUUGAGGGAGGGAAGGAAAGAACCGAAGUUCUACAUGUCGUGUGCAUAUUUUUGGUGUUAUUCUAUAUGAUGGACCAUCUUAUUACCACAUUAAUCUGUCAAGCUGGGGACAGUAAGUCUGGUCAGGUUCAGUCUACAAGUCUUACACUUCUGCCUGUGUUGUGGUCAGGACAACCCUCAAAGUUAGGCCUCUCCUUCCACUGUGCAUUCCACGUAAUGAACUCAGGCCAGGUUUUCUUAACAGGCCAGAAUCUUAAAUCAUUUUUGAGAAAGGAUCUUGCUCUGUAUCCCUGUAGGCCUGGCUGGCUGGAAAACCAGACUGGUCUCAAGCUCACAGAUUCACUUGACUCUGCCUCCUUAGAACCUUAAACAUUUAACGGGAAAAUCUUCUUAAAUAUUGUAUUACAUUAUACCAUUUUGUGACUUUUCAGGCAAAUUAUAUGUCAGGUUCUGGCUGUUAAGUUGAGAGCAUAGCCCUAGCCCCUGGCCUGGGAGUUGCUUUGCUCUGGACUCCAAAUCCCAGCAUGCCAGGUUCUGACACUUCCUCCCACAGAGGGACCACUCCCACAGGGUAUUUAAGUGGCCUCCUAGAGGAGAAACAGGUGGUUUUCAGGUUUGCAAGGGCUGCCUGAUGUCCUGUCUCCCUGCCAUAUGCUUGGCCACCCGAGCACAUCAUUCUUAAUAAAAUGAUGGGCAUUUUGAUUUGCUUUGAUUCGACCUAAUUGAAUUUCUUGCGUCAGCGAAGCUGCUCUUUUUCUUAUCAGUGGCCACUCUUUAGCACUGGGCCUCCUAACUCUUGCCCAACACUAUUCAAUUCAGAAAUCACCUUAUCAAUACUUGCUUGUCUGCCCUCAGUGGGCAGCUGAGGUAGGCUUUCUAACUUUUCACUGCUUCUAAUAAAGCUCCAAGUUUAGUUGCCACCUUGCAGUUGUGAUGCCUUCAUGGGCCUCAUAUUUAGUAAAAAAGAAGUACUAAGAUCAGGCUUUAGAUUUUGUCUUUGUAGCCUUGGCUUUUUCUAGAUGACUUGAUAUUUACUGGGCAAUGAAUGAUGCCAUAAUUUCAUUCCUUACUUGCUGUCAAUAAACUUUAGUGAUAAUUCUCCAAAUGCCCCACAUACUAUCCAAAAGGCAGCUAUGCUCAGACCCAUAUACUAACUGAAUCCACAUAGGGCUUCUGUAGAAAAUAUAGAAAUACAGAUAAAAACCCUAAGAUUAAGAAAUAAUGCUAUAGUACUAUCACUGAAAGCAACGUGUGCAGAAUUUUAUCUUCUUGACAAGUUCUGAGAAAUAUACUUCAUAUAUUUCAAAUAUAUAUUUGAAUAUAUAUCUUAAAUAUAUUCUCAUACAUGCUCAUAGGGGGUAUGAUGGUCAAGAUGCUGGUGUAUUUGAUUACAUUGCAAGGUGCAAGAUCACCAAGGGGCAUAUCUGAAAUUCUGACCAAAAAAAUUUAAAUUUGGAUAGGUGAGAUGGCUCAGUGGGUUAAGGUACUUGCUGCUAAGCCUGAUGACCUAAAAUGUAUCCCUGGAACCUGCAUAGGACAGAACACAUUUCUACAGAUUGUUCUUGGACUUCAAAAUUUUCUCAGUGGAUGGAUAGGUACAUCCCCUGUCCCAAGAUAAAAUUAAUGUGAUAAAACUAAAGAGUUUAAAUCAAACCCAUAAAAAAAAUAGUCAUGGUAUAUUACUGAACAGAGAAUUACACACAAUAAAAAAUGAUUUGCAUAAAUUAGUGGUGUAUCUUUAUCACAGACUUUAAGAUAGACUUCUUGUUGCUCUUCAGUGAAAAUGGCAUUGCUAUAUGAAAGAAGUUCUAUAUUAGGAUUUACCAGUAUUCAAAUCAUGGGCUUAAAAGAGUGUCCCAAAUUACUCACAAAAAAAUCAAUUUUU